AUGCCAACCGAAGCUGAAAAAAAUCAAGCGCUCGAUGAGUAUUACGAAAAACUCGAAAAUGCUCGCGCUGAACUACAGAGUGGGUUCGACAGAAACGAACGCAGAGUAGCCGAUAUCAAAUCUUUUACCCCGGUGAGCGUCAUCGGAAGUGGGGGAUUCGGGGCAGUUCUGAAAGUUUUCCAUCAAGGCCAAGGUCCUUACGCCGUGAAGGUACAGAGGAAGUCUUUCAUUCGGAAGUACAAGUACCAACAAGACAUUAUACUCGAAAGGAAACUCUUGGCUUAUAUGAACAGUCCGUUCGUAGUGAGCUUAUUGUCUCACUGUAAAGAUGCUGUCAAUGUAUACUUGGUCGUGCCGUACGCCCGCUACGGGGAUCUUUCGAGAAUGCUGAAAAGAGCUGGUCCCGUCCCCGAAGCACGAGCCGUCAAAAUUAUAAUUCAAGUCGUCUUGGCGCUCGAGUACAUUCACGCAUGCAACGUAAUAUACCGCGACCUGAAACCGCACAAUAUCUUGAUUUUCGAUAAGGGUCGCGUGAAGAUAGGCGAUUUCGGAUGUUCCGCACGUUGUGAUGGCGAAAUUAUCGGAAAGACCGGUACAACUGUCUAUCGAGCACCAGAGAUGAUUCUUGGGGAAUAUUAUUCUGAAGCCGUCGAUUGGUGGGCGCUGGGAGUAGUCAUACAUGAAGUGCUACUCAAUGAGUACCCUUUCUGUGGGAAGAAGGACGCCAAAGCUACACUGUAUAAGAAUGUGAUUCUAGGAUACUAUCGAAACCUUAAAUCACCUAAUUUUAGCGAGGUGGCAGAAAAUCUCGUGAAGUCACUCCUCGUAAAGCAGCCCUCCAAUCGUUUGGGGGGGUCGGAGAAGCCCGGCGCUUCAGCUGUAAAAAAACAUGAGUGGUUCAAGGACAUCGAUUUGUAUAACGUGAUUUUCGGAGAAGAACAGUUUCACCUUGACAACACGGAGCUUAUCGCUGUGGACGAGGUUUGGGUCCCCAGAGAUAAAUUCAUGUCAUCUAGACCCGAAGCGCAAGAUCCUCUACGAGCUGACUUGGAAGAAUUCUGA